UCCCUCAUCUCAAGACAUGGGGACAAUUGGUAAAAUCCCAGGUCUUCUUACUGGCCUUUUGUUGGCUUUGACACAUUCAUGGCACAAUGCAGGUGCCCAGGAAAACAUCCACUGGGAAAUUCAACGUUAUGACGGCUGGUACAACAACCUCAUGUAUCAUAAACACAACUCAGCGGGUUCACGGAUGUCACGUCUACUCCCUGCUAAUUAUGCAGAUGGGGUGUUCAAGGCCCUGCAGGAACCUCAUGUGCCCAAUGCCCGCAGGCUUAGCAACAUGGUGGCCCAAGGAGAUUCAGGUCUUCCUUCUCAGAAGAACAGAACAGUGCUUGGUGUUUUCUUCGGUUUCCACGUGCUGGCCGAGAUUUCAGAAGCCAACAAUCCGGGCUGCCCGGCUGAAUUCCUCAACCUGGAGAUCCCUCAAGGAGACCCCGUCUUUGACCCCAGCAACUCUCAAAAGGUUGCCCUGCCCUUCCAGCGGAUGAGUUGGGCUGCAGGAACAGGACAAAGCCCCAACAAUCCCCGAGAGAUGGUAAAUGGGGUGACCGGCUGGUUAGAUGGAAGUGCCAUCUAUGGCUCCUCGCAUGCCUGGAGCGAUUCUCUAAGGAGUUUCUCCCAAGGAAAGCUACUUUCUGGAAAGAAACGUGGUUUCCCAAAGCAGGCGGAAGAGAACAGCUUAAUGUGGAAGGCUCUCGAUCCAGCUACAGGGAAGGGCGGGACCCAAGGCAUCUUUGACUUUGGAAAUGCCAAAGGAAAUGAAAAUGUUUUCCUGCAAGCCAUGAGUAUCGUGUGGUUCCGCUAUCACAACCACUGGGCAGAAAAUCUGGCCAAGCAGAACACAAGCUGGUCAGAUGAGGAUUUAUUCCAACAUGCACGCAAGAGAGUCAUUGCAAUUUACCAGAAUAUCGUGUUUUAUGAGUGGCUGCCAAACGUUUUGGAGAAGACAAGCAUGAAACGUUAUGAAGGUUACAAGCAGCAUGUCGAUUCUCGGAUCUCUCCAGAAUUCCUUGUGGCUUCUGCACUCUUCCUUGGCACUAAAGUCCCAUCUGGGGUCUAUAUGAGGGAUUCAAAUUGUUCUUUCCGAAACGUGACUGAUGUAGAUGGACAUUCCUCUCCAGCCCUCCGCCUAUGCAACAACUACUGGAGUCGGCAGAAUCCUAACCUCCAGACAGCUGAAGACGUAGAUGAUCUUCUUCUGGGAAUGAGUUCUCAAAUCACCAAGCACGAAGACAACAUUGUGGUCGAAGAUCUCCGAGAUUACUGGUAUGGGACAGUGAAGUUCUCCCGAAUGGAUUUCGUGGCGAGUUGGAUCCAGCGAGGAAGAGAUAUUGGACUAUCUACCUAUAACAAAGUCAGAGAGUUCUUUGGACUUCCGCCUGCUAAGAAAUGGACAGAUAUUAACCAGAAGAAUCAAACGAUCCCUGAAUCGACUAAGGAUCUCUAUGGGGACAGACUUGAAAGCCUGGAGCUGCUUCCUGGAGGGAUGCUGGAAGAGAAUGAGACCCUUUUCCGAGCCAUCCUUGAGGACCAGUUUGUCCGCCUACGAGAUGGAGACCGAUUCUGGUUUGAAAACCCCAAGAAUGGACUAUUCACUUCCGAGGAGAUUGUGGCCAUUAAAAACACGACCUUCAGUCGUGUUCUUGCUGCUGUCAUGUACACAACAAAUAUCCAAGCAGAUGUGUUCACCUGGAAAAAAGGUAAUCCAUGCUCCCAACCCAGGCAGAUGGACUUGGAGGGCCUUCCUCCGUGCAAACAGAUGACCGUCAUAGAUUACUUCCAAGGAAGUCCUGCAGGUUUUGGAAUCCUCAUCGCUGCCCUGUGCUGCUUGCCUUUAGUGAGUCUCUUCGUUGCCUGGAUUGUUGCUUUUUUCCGGAGGAGGUCUUUCCGUAAGUUGCAGAAGAGGCAAAAUCCCACCACUCAUCCAGAUGUAUCUGCUGAAGGAACCCAAGCACUUGAAUGGCACGGCUUCAAGAUAGAUACUUCCCUUGUCUACAUCCAACUGAAGGAAGACAAAGUGAUCAAAGUGCUUGAUUCCAAGUUGGCUGUGGUUCGCAACAUAACCCUCAGAAGCCAACAGAAAGUGGAGACCAUUAUGUCCAACAACAGAGGCAACAAGACCAUACUUCUGAAGAUUCCUAAAGAAUAUGACCUGGUGUUGCAAUUUAAGGUAGAAGCAGAGUGCAGGGACUUCCUCGGACAUCUGAAAACCUACUUGGAGAGGAAUGAAUUGACGCUCCAGGUGUUCAUGAUGAGCGAACAGCAGCUGCUGAAAAAGGCAGUAACCAAGGAGCAGAGAAAAGAAAUCCUGGAAAUUUUUUUCCGGCAUUCCUUUGCUCAGGUUCUAAACAUCGACAGAUUAGAUGCUGGAGAACUCAAUUUGGAAACAUCUCAGAAAGCCAAGGAAGCCUUAAAGUGUGAACUGAGCCGGGCCGAGUUCGCUGAUGCUCUGGGUCUCAAAUCCCAAUCUGUAUUUGUGGAGUCCAUGUUCUCACUCGCCGACAAAGACGGGAAUGGAUAUCUCUCUUUUCGGGAAUUCCUGGACAUUUUGGUGGUCUUUAUGAAAGGAACCCCCCAGGAGAAGUCCAAGCUGAUGUUUGCCAUGUACGAUAUUGACGGAAAUGGCUUCCUUUCGAAAGGAGAAUUUUUUCGGAUGCUGAGAUCCUUCAUUGAGAUCUCUAACAACUGUCUCUCAGGGGAUCAGACCGAACAGGUUAUCGAAUCCUUGUUCAAAGAAGCAGGAUUUCAGGAUAAGGAAGAACUCACUUGGGAGGAUUUUCACUACAUGUUGAGGGAUCAUGACAAUGCACUCCAGCGCACUCAACUUUGCAUUAAAGGCAUUCCUGAGAAACUCAAACAAAAUGUAAUCAAUCGUGUGUCCUUCAUUAACAAGGAUCAAGAUAACAAUUUUCUCCUAACCCGAAAGAAUCCCCUGAUUCUGGGUUCAGACUGGCUACCUGGCGAAGGAAUAGGACAGGACUUACGGAAAAGGCAAGGGAAAAAAUUGGUCUUCCCAGAACCUCAUCUCUACACGGAGGCACGGAGGGAGCGGUACCAGAGGAACAAAAUCCACCAGAAGAUCCAGCAGUUCAAGAGGUUCAUUGAGAACUUCCGGCGCCACAUUAUCUGCGUGGUGAUAUUCUCGGCCAUCUCCGCCGGCGUCUUUGUAGAAAGGGCAUACUAUUAUGGAUUUGCGUCACCGCCCACCGGAAUUGCUGACACUACCUUUGUGGGCAUCUUGAUCUCUCGGGGGGCUGGUGCCAGCAUCUCCUUCAUGUACUCCUUCAUCUUACUCACCAUGUGCCGGAACCUCAUCACCUUCCUGCGAGAAACGUUCUUCAAUCGCUACAUCCCGUUUGAUUCUGCUGUGGAUUUCCACCGAUGGAUCGCCACCGCAGCUUUGAUCUUCUCAGUUUUGCAUACUUUGGGCCAUGUUGUGAAUGUCUACGUCUUUUCGGUGACCCCACUCAGCGUUUUGUCGUGUCUUUUCUCACACGUAUUUAUGAAUGAUGGAUCACAAUUUCCUCCCAAAUACUACUGGUGGUUUUUUGAGACAGUACCAGGCAUGACUGGAGUGCUAUUACUGGUCAUCCUUGCAAUCAUGUAUGUAUUUGCCACUCAUUAUUUCCGACGAAUCAGCUUUCAAGGAUUCUGGAUCACCCAUCAUCUCUAUGUGGUUCUCUACAUUCUGGUGAUCAUUCAUGGCAGCUAUGCUCUGGUCCAGCAGCCUCGCUUUCAUAUUUACUUCAUUAUCCCAGCGCUCAUCUAUGUAGCAGAUAAACUUAUCAGCCUUAGCAGAAAAAAGGUGGAAAUCAGCGUCAUUAAGGCUGAGCUGCUCCCUUCAGGGGUCACCAACCUGCAAUUCCAGAGACCCCAAGACUUUGACUACAGGUCUGGACAAUGGGUACGGAUUGCAUGUUUGUCUCUGGGGACCAAUGAGUACCAUCCUUUCACUCUGACAUCUGCUCCCCAUGAAGACCUGCUAAGCCUGCACAUCCGAGCAGCUGGACCUUGGACAACUCGCCUGCGGGAACUCUACUCGCAAGAAAGCAUUGCGGAAAUUGGCAAAUAUCCCAAGCUCUAUCUUGAUGGCCCAUUUGGAGAGGGACACCAGGAAUGGAACAAAUUUGAAGUGUCAGUCCUAGUGGGCGGUGGUAUUGGAGUGACCCCCUUUGCCUCCAUCCUUAAAGACCUUGUCUUCAAGUCUUCUGCUGGCUCCAGGAUCCUAUGUAAGAAGAUCUACUUCAUUUGGGUCACCCGGACACAGCGGCAGUUUGAGUGGGUGGCCGACAUUAUCCGGGAAGUGGAGGAGAAUGAUAAACGUGACCUGGUCUCCGUCCACAUCUACAUCACCCAGCUGGCUGAGAAGUUCGAUCUGCGCACCACCAUGCUAUACAUCUGUGAACGUCACUUCCAGAAGGUUCUCAAUCGAAGCUUGUUCACCGGCCUGCGUUCCAUCACCCACUUUGGACGGCCACCAUUUGUGCCCUUUUUCUGCUCCUUGCAAGAGGUCCAUCCAGAGGUACGGAAAAUUGGUGUUUUCAGCUGUGGCCCACCUGGCAUGACCAAGAACGUGGAGAAGGCAUGUCAGAAAAUCAACAAGCGGGACCAAGCUCACUUUAUACAUCACUAUGAGAAUUUUUAGUUAUUCACUUUCGAAGACUCGGUUGCGCUUUGCAAGUGUGUAGUUAGAGGUCACUGCUGGCUAUGUUCCUUCCUUUCUCUCAAUGGGGAAAGGAGGGGAAAACUGCCUCAUUUUCAACAAGGUCUUGGACGAUAUCUUUUAGAUGUUCAGAAAGCCAUACUUUUUGUCUUGUCCAGAACUUUACUUGAGGUCUCACAGUUGACAAUUAUAAUCAAGAGCCCAUGCUUGGAUUAUUCUCCUGGAAGAAUAAUCUGAACCACUACAAAACAGAGUGAUAUGAUAUUAUUAACACUAAGGCAGCCCUUUUGUUACAAGUGCAGACUGGUUCAGAAUUAACAGGUGACUAAACAGCCUAGAUUACAGCUUUGUAACACUCCUUGUCAAUUAUUUAUUCAACAAUCCUUAAUUCACUCCGACAAUUAUAGUCCCUAAAUUGGACAGAGAUGAGUUAUUCUUCCCUUAACCCAAUUUAACCUCGCUGUUUAUCAUGUUAAGCUUCAACAGUGUCUUGUACCUUGAGUUCAAGUAACAUGUGUGGACCUGUUGGAUUUACCUCUGAUUUUACAGGUGACAUUGGCCACAGAGAAGUAGCCAUGAUAGAUAGAUAAUUAUAAACAUAGAGUGGAAAAUCUUAUAUAGAAGCUAGAUCAAAUAAACGAUACCCAGCAUGCUGGCUGGGGAAUUCUAGGAGUUGCGAUCCACAUAUCUUAAAAGUCUAUGGAGAUUCUCAGUCAUCCAGGUGUCACAAUUG